CAACUUUGAAAAUUCCCAGAAUUUUGCAGCCCUAGUUAUAUUGGAUGUGACUUUACGGCUUUAAAAUGUAGUCCUCCACAAUGGCCGCUAGAGGGCGCCAUAAAUCCGUGAAACUAACUUGAUGCAGCAGCAGACAGCGUGCAUCAAAAAGGCAACACCCGUGAAGAGAAAUUCUCGGUCAGUGUGGUCAUCACGGCACCAUCCGACCAGAUAAAGAGGUCUUAUCUUAUCAGACAACACAAUGUAAGACUCUAGCGUCAUAGCAUGUUGUAGUUUAUUUCACGCCAUGUUUGCCUGGGGAGGAGACUGCAUCACAUUCGGAGAAAAUGAGCAGUAAAAGAGAGAGGGAGCAGAGGAGGAAGCUGCAGCACUUCCUCAACGACCUGUCUCUCCUUGGGUCAUUACAGGGCUUUAAAUACUUCCAGCCUUGGCUUAGGGGGAAAGAGGAGUUGCUGCUGACUGUUGUCAAUGAGGAUCUGGGUUGGCGUUCGCCAGGUUUCGUAGUGUCCAGAGCCUCCUCCUACACCUCCACCAGCAGCUGUAACAGCAGCGAUGUCUCCCCCAGCAGCAGCUCCCCGAGCCUGGACAGCCGGUGUAGCUCUCCCUUACCCGGGGAGCCUGCUGGCCCUCAAGACCCCCAGACACACAAGCACACCAAAAUGCAGCCACAAGCUGCCAGAGACCCCAACAAUGAGGAUCAUCUGCUCCCUGCGUCACCCAGUGAAAGAGAGAUAGCAGUGCCUGAGGUGAACUGCACUCUCUUUUUACUGGCUGGCUACGUCAAAUAUGGCCGCCCCUACGCCUGGAUACGCUCCAACCACGAGCGCCUGGUAAACAUCGGAGGCACCGACUCGAUGGUGAAGGACACGCCCAUGAAACUCAAGUCCAUCGCAGACUGGCAGACACGAGGUAUUCGUGUUUGGGAUGUGGUCAGUGAGCUGGUAUGCUUGUGCACAGUUCCCUCUCCUUCCAACCCCUUUGCCCUGGAUAUGCGCUACAUCAAAAACCUUCCCCUCCCUGACCGAUUCCUGGUCACGGGUGCUCUCCUCAACUUCCUGGAGAUGUAUGUGGUGUACGGGAAUCGGGACGAGAUGCACUAUGACAAAGUGGCAGAGGAGGUGAAACCUCUGAGGCGUAUUCAUAUCCAGUCCCUGCUGGAGUUGCAGUGUCGUAGAGAGAGCACCGGAUUGGCUGACGGCAGCACUACAGUUCAGGACUCUUCAUAAGGGGAGGAAUAAAAAUGUAUAAAGAUGA